AUGGUUGCUAAACCAAAAAGUCCCAAAAUCGCAGCAACCGGCCAAAUCACAGAUCCUGAACUUGCUAACGCUUUUGCUGAGUUGUCCAUGAAAAAGAUUCAAGCAGAGAAUCAGAUCCGCCUAUCCAAUGCACAGAUUGAAAGCUUAAACAGGAAAAUUCAGCAUUCCCAGCUUGUUGAAUCUGAGGUGACCAGUCUACCAUCUGAUGUUCCUGUUUACAAGACUAUUGGGAAAAUGUUUUUGUCUCAAAGCAAGGAUGAAAUAAUUACAGAUUUAUUAAAUAAACAACAGACAUUUGCUGAAAAAAUUAAAGUUCUAGAGUCAUCCAAAGAAUACCAUCAGAGAAAUAUGGAAAAAUUCAAAAACAAUGUUAGAGAACUAGUGAUGACAAAGCAAAAUACUCGCUGAUUGAUAUCCACAUUCACU